AGCACUUGAUAAAAUAUAAUAAAUUAUAAUUUUUAUUUUAUAGUAAAUAUAUUGUUAUAAAGUAGAUGUCGCUACAAUUUCUAAUUCAUGUAAACUCCUGUAUGAGAUAAUUGCAAUACACAAGUAAAGUUAGUGUACGAUUAGGUUACGUCCUUUCGCGAGAUUUUUCAUUGCAGAGAAAAUGGCGUCUCUCGCGGGAGUUCGUAUUUUAAUAAGAAAUACCGGUGCUUUUAGAAAUUUGAUCACUCGAACGUGUUUACGAAGUACCAUUACGCAAUUUCAAUUAAACGAAAGAUUAUUUCACUGUAAAAGACAAAGUAUCUUCACAGUUAUACCUCAGGUAAAUAUACAAAAUAUUCGUACAUCCACUUCAAAACCUAAAACUCAAGAACUAGAAGAACGUGUUUUAAAUGUGGUCCAAGCUUAUGAUAAAAUAACUGCUGAGAAGGGCACACGAGUCAAGCAGGUGCGUCAGUAUGGCCAUAAGGCACCAUUAUCACUUGACCUUAUUCGCCAGCGUGUACUUUUAGUACUCAAUCUCUAUGAUAAAGUUGAUGUUCAGAAGUUAUCUUUGAACUCUCAUUUUAUGCAAGAUCUGGGUUUGGAUUCUUUGGAUCAUGUAGAAAUUAUAAUGGCUAUAGAAGAUGAAUUUGGUUUUGAAAUACCAGAUAUGGAUGCACAGAAGCUUCUACGACCUGCGGAUAUAGUACGUUACGUUGCCGAUAGAGAAGAUGUUUACGAAUAAAUAUUUAUACAAUAUAAAUCAUUUCAUUAGUCAAGCUUUUUUAUUUUUAAAACAUUGUUUAAAAAAAAAUUAAAUUUUAUUUCUUCUGUAUAUAAUAUAAAUUGUAAAAAUAAAGUGGAUCGUUAGAUUAAAUCGUAAA